AUGCAUUCAUCUAAUACCUCAUCCGUUUCUCCCUCCACUAAUGAACAACAACAAAGAAUGGCCCUCUCUUUAGUAGCCAAAGACUGUCAAUUAUUGUGGGAAGAAAAUAAAGAUAUGCAGGGACGUUUUGUAAACGAUAUAAAUGAAUUACAGAAUUUCCAGUCAAUGGUUGACCGAUUAGAACACGAACAAAGGCAUGAUCAGUUGGGGCAGGCUAGACAAACAUUGGCGGGAAUGCAGCAAAGAGCAAAGCAAAUCUAUGAACAGCUUAAUGAACAGAGAACAAACUUGGUAAAACGAUUAAAUGACGGCGUUCAUUUAAUUGCUGUUAUGCAAAAUAAUUUAAUAUCAAUUCGAUUAAUGGAAUGGAAAAACGCUCAGAAGCUUGCACAAAUUGGAUUGGGUUUUGAGCAGAGGGAAAUACAGUUAGAUGAAAUUCAAUUAGAAUUUGAAGUUCUAGCAGAAAAUAAUUGGACAUUACGUGCUUAUGCGGUUUGGCAGUUGGAUUUAUUACGACGGCCAGCACAAUUAUCAGAUAAUUGUAUACCAACACAUAUCAAUAACCUUUCCCAAAUACUCGAAACUCUCACAAAAAUGCUUUGUAUGUUAGUAUCCCAAUCUUUUGUUGUGGCAGUUCAGCCAGAUCCUGUACUUAAAACUCAACAUAAAUUUGUUGCGGAGGUUCGCCUUUUAAUUGGGGACCGUUUAGGAAUAAAACAACAAUUAGUUAACACCAAUGUUACCGUCAAAAUAAUAGCUGAAGAUGAGGCUAAAAUGUUGGGGACUGGCCAAAUUAAUGAAAAGGAUAUUAAAAUUGUUGGCUCGAUUAGUAACGAUCUUGAAAAGCUUAUUCUUGAUGAACGUGGGCAUAUGUCUGCAAAAUUUAAUAAUUCUAAACUAACACGUAUUGCACAUCGUAAACCACCUGCAAAGGGCAGUCUACAGCCCAGUCAAAUAUCUCAAACCGCUACCGAUCAAAAAUAUGCUCUCCUAUUUCAUAUCACUCCAUUUCAACUCGGAAAUUUGGGAAAAUUCGAUGUUUGGACACUUUCAUUGCCUAUAAUGGUAACAGUUCAUGGUUCUCAAGACUGUGAUGCGCAAGCAGUAAUUCUGUGGCAGAGAGCCUUUUCUCCUGUUAAUCGGUCAAAUACUUCAGAUGAAAUUAUUAUGGUAUCUUGGAGUGAUCUCAGUCAAGUACUUCGUCACAAAUUUACCCUCUUUACCGGCGCUCAUCGUCCUCUAAGCGACAGCGACUUGGCCUAUCUUGGAGAUAAACUUGGAAUUAUCCAUUCUACUCCUGAUAAUAAACCAAUAACCUUUCAACGCUUUGCUAAACAAAAUCUUCGAGAAGACGUCAACUUUUCCUUUUGGGAAUGGUUCUUUUUAAUUAUGCAAUUAAUUAAACAAAAAUUACUUAAAUUUUGGGAUGAUGGUUGGUUAGUUGGUUUUAUUAGUAAACAUGAAGCUUCUGAACGUAUGUUAAUGUGUCAGAAUCCAACAUUUUUGCUUAGAUUUUCUGAUACACAAACUGGCGCAGUUUCUAUUGUUCCUUUUCACCUGGCGCCUUUCACAAUAAAAGAUCUAGACCAAUUAUCACUAGCUUCACGUAUCCAGUCUUGUCCUCAACUUAAAGAGGUGCCAUACCUCUACCCAGAUAUUGAUAAAGAACAAAUGCUUGCACAUUUUGAUACCGAAGAACGGUGUAAAAUUUUUGAGUCCCCCGCGGGGUAUAUUGGCUCUGAAAUUGUUAUGGUUGCUAAAACUAUGUCUAGCAGCAAACUGGGUUCUACCAGUGACAGUCCUUCACCUAUGUCAAAUCAAUGGUCGCCUAGCGAAUUUCAACAAAGCAUUUCAAUGGAUGUUGGGGAUGAAGUUAUCGCAGCAAUGCUAGGCCAAAGAUUAGACUCUGCCAACGUGGAAAGUCUUCUAGGCCUUCCUCCAGGCCAACAACAAUUAAGAAUGUCAUCAGAACAGCCUCUACAACAAUUAGAUUUGUCUUUUAUGGAUGUUUUCCAUCAACAACAGCAACAACAUAUUAACAGAAAUUAUUUGGGAGGAGGAAAUUCAAUGCUAUCCCAGCCACCUAAUUCUCAUUAA